GUAAUAUGCUAUCCAGAGUCUCUCGUGGUCUUAGGCCGGUUGGAACACAGGUCAGGGCUGUUCGGUUUGCCAGCACCAACUAUAAGUCGGACGACUCGAACGUCGAUAACGACGAAAUCAUCUCCAGUAAUAAUCCCUGGUCACCUACGUUAUACAACGAUAUCGUGUACGUGAAGGAACCGGGAGCAUGGCGUGCCAAAGCAUUGCCGGAGAACUACAGGCUCUCGUACCAGCCGUUGUACGAGUCUCCCGGAGCAAAGUACGUUUCGUUAUUGAAAAGACUAAGUUUAAGUUUUUCCGUGUUGGGGAUCUACGCUUCCAAGUUAUUUUUCGAAUCGGUUCAAUUUGAAGAUAUAUAUGCAUAUACAACUUUGGCAUCUUGCACUGUUCCUGCUCUUCUAGUGCAGUAUAAAACCAAGGACUACGUCACCAGAAUAUUCCGGUUAUAUAAUAAAGAUAAACCACAAACGUUAGAAAAUUUAACCAGCGAAGAGAAGUUGGUUAUGGAAAAAUUGAACAUGACCGGAGGAAAGACUUAUAAUGAGGUUUUAACGGUUUCCGAUAAUAAGACCUUGAAGUUAACUCCUCCUAAUGAACAACGACUUUGGAAACCUUAUUCUACGUGGAAUGAUUCAGCUAAACAUUAUUACGUUGCUGAUGACAUUGGAGGCAUCAAAAUGGAUCGGUUAUGGGGCAUUGUCGAACACAAUUCAGGUAUAGACACCGGUAGAUACAUGGAAGACGAAAUAUCAAAGUAAAUAUUGUAUAUAGUUUUCUCACUUUGGUAUAUAUAGAUAUAUUCAAUUAAUUUUGCAUCAUUUUUUACGACCAUUUUUCUCAUUCUUCAUCUCAACUAAAUGAAUAUUCGUUUAACAAGGGUCUUGUAACAGUAUAAU